GUCAGCGGUCCCUGGAAUGCUCUACUGUAUUUUCCGUGAUUGUGUCGCGUUGUUUUGAUGGCAGCUGGCAAGACAUCUGGUGAAAAGAGCAUCCUUCGUCGUGCAUGACCUUUCCCUCGUCUCCGUAUCACCGUCCGUCGGCACGUCCCUCACAUGUCACGCUAAGGUGACUUUCAAGCAGUUUUUUCCACUUUUGCGCACAAUGUCGGAACGGCACAAAGAUGUACAUCAGGGACGCAGUGGCCAAGCGGACCGCCCAGGCUGUGCGUGAGGACAUAUGCAAACUGUCAGGUAGUCUAACUAUGUGAAAGAGUAUCUUUCAUCUGUUUCAGUAGAGCUACGGCGGUCCAUGUCAUGUGUAGCAGGCUUUCAGGGAUUCAGAUUAGCUCCAGACUGAUCGCUCUCACCAACAGAUAGGGAGCGCGGAGCUGGUGGAAAUAAUCGUUACUAUACAGCCUAACAAUCUGGAUUUAUUUAAUUUCCUCACCAAGUGUCAAUGUCAUAAUGGACAGGUUACACUCCUCCAUGCGUAAAAGGCUCUACAGUUUGCCACAGCAUAUUGGACAGAAAGCAUCUAUAAUGGGCGAAGGAGAAGACGCAGACAAGGACACCCGGAGGAAGAGUCUUAGGAUGAAGCCUCUACCGUCACCGUUGCCGACCUCUGGGGGAAGCUGCAAAGGCAUCGGGGAGACCAAAAGUGGGGAGUCUGUGAUCAUGGAGACGGACAUAGGGAGACCGAUGAAGACCAGCUCAAACGGGGAUUGUCGGAGAUUUCGAGGCAGCCUCUCGUCCAUCACAAGUCGCCAUGUGCACGACUCUGACUCGGCGGAGGAGAGGCGCCUCAUCACCGAGGGGGAUGUCACCCCGAGCGAAGAGAGCCCCCCCGGAGCCAUCGGUGAUGGGCCGCCUGAUCAAGGCACGCAAGGGGCCAGCGGUGGCGGGGGUACCCUAAAAGACUCCACAGACCAGCAGUCAGGGUUUAUAAAGUUGGAUGGCAUUGAUCAAAUUCUGCCGGACGACGAGAGAUUAUAUCAAGCUGGGUUCAUACACAGACAGCUUGGAGCAAUGCUUCAACCAGGGGUCAACAAGUUCUCCCUGAGAAUGUUUGGAAGUGAGAAGGCGGUUGAACGGGAACAAGAGCGGGUUAAAUCCGCCGGAUUUUGGAUAAUUCACCCGUACAGUGAUUUCAGGUUUUACUGGGACUUGACCAUGCUGCUGCUGAUGGUGGGCAACCUCAUCAUCAUCCCCGUGGGCAUCACAUUCUUCAAGGAUGAGCACACGCCCCCCUGGAUUGUGUUCAACGUGGUCUCCGAUACCUUCUUCCUCAUGGAUCUGGUCCUCAAUUUCAGGACUGGUAUCGUCAAGGAGGACAACACGGAGAUCAUCCUGGAUCCGCAACAGAUCAAGAUCAAGUAUUUGCGGAGUUGGUUUGUGGUGGACUUCAUCUCCUCCAUCCCUGUGGACUACAUCUUCCUCAUUGUGGAGACGCGCAUCGAUUCGGAUUUCUACAAGACAGCGCGCGCCUUGCGGAUUGUCCGCUUCACAAAGAUUCUCAGCUUGCUGCGGCUCCUGCGUCUCUCAAGACUCAUUCGCUACAUCCACCAGUGGGAAGAGAUCUUCCACAUGACCUAUGACCUAGCCAGUGCCAUGGUGAGGAUAGUCAACCUGAUCGGCAUGAUGCUGCUGCUGUGUCACUGGGAUGGCUGCCUGCAGUUCCUGGUGCCCAUGCUGCAAGACUUCCCCGUCGACUGUUGGGUGUCCAAAAAUAAGAUGGUGAAUGACACAUGGGGACAGCAGUACUCCUACGCACUUUUCAAAGCUAUGAGCCACAUGCUGUGUAUUGGGUAUGGCAUGUACCCCCCGGUGGGCAUGACAGACGUGUGGCUGACCAUCCUCAGCAUGAUUGUGGGUGCUACCUGCUACGCCAUGUUUGUGGGCCACGCCACCGCGCUAAUCCAAUCACUGGACUCAUCUCGACGGCAGUACCAGGAGAAGUACAAACAGGUGGAGCAGUACAUGUCCUUCCACAAGCUGCCAGCAGAUAUGAGGCAGAGAAUCCACGACUACUACGAGCAUCGUUACCAGGGCAAGAUGUUCGAUGAGGACAGCAUCCUGGGAGAGCUGAACGAGCCGCUGCGAGAGGAAAUCGUCAACUUUAACUGUCGAAAGCUGGUGGCAUCCAUGCCUCUGUUUGCCAACGCGGACCCCAACUUUGUCACCUCCAUGCUCACCAAGCUGAGGUUUGAGGUGUUCCAGCCUGGGGAUUAUAUCAUCAGGGAGGGCACCAUCGGCAAAAAAAUGUACUUCAUACAGCACGGGGUUGUCGGUGUACUAACCAAAGACAAUAAAGAGACCAAGCUGUCAGAUGGCUGCUACUUUGGAGAGAUUUGUUUGCUGACGCUGGGCAGAAGGACAGCCAGUGUCCGAGCGGACACAUACUGUCGCCUGUACUCUCUGUCUGUGGACAACUUCAAUGAGGUGCUGGAGGAGUAUCCUAUGAUGAGAAGGGCAUUUGAGACUGUUGCCCUGGACAGGCUGGACCGUAUUGGCAAGAAAAACUCCAUCCUGCAGCACAAGGUACAACACGACCUCAGCUCUGGUGUACUCAACUACCACGAGAGUGAGAUCAUUCAGCAGAUUGUGCAGCAUGACAGGGAUAUGGCCCACUGUGCCCACCUCUUGCAGAACGCCCCACCCCAGACGCCUCCUUCACCUACCCCUGUCAUCUGGGCCCCCCUCAUCCAGGCCCCUCUCCAGGCAGCAGCUGCCACCACCUCAGUAGCUAUUGCCCUGACACACCAUCCCCACUUUCCACAAACUCUUUUCAGGCCUCCGGUUUCUGUUCUUGGGUCCCUAAAGGACCCUCCCAGCCGGCUCAAGAAGUUUCACACAUUUGUUUCUCAAUCCACAGCACCUGGCUCUGCUGGGGACUCCCCCUCUAGCACACCCUCUAAACUGCGCGCUGAGAUGGACAUGCCAUUGCUGGCUUCUUUUCGGGCCCUGCACAUGACGUCAGGUACAGGGCCAACUGGCACUAGCCAACAGGCCUCAGGUAGCGGAGGCCAGAGUGGACCCAGUGGGACUGGCUCUGAGUCCAGUGGAAGAGGGGCCUCUGCCUUCCCUUUUGGACCAUACUCUUCAUCUGGUUCACCCUCAUCUAGUAUGGCCCAACUACACCCACAACCACAGCAUCAACAGCUGUUUCGCUCCAGCACCCCACCUCUCUCAAACCUCUUCAACCAAGGAUCUACAGUUGGAAGCACAGGGUCAGGAAUAAGUGGAGGGGCAGUUGGAGCCUGUGGUGGUGCUACAGGGUGGUCUUCAGGUGGAGCAGUCAGUGAGUCUGUGGAAGGAGCCAUGGGAGGAGACACUGCUUGGGCUGGAGAGGACUUUAUAACUGGAACAGGGCUACUGCCUGGGGCGCACUUUGGGUUGGGAGGAGCUACUGGUGGAUCAGUCGAGAUCUCAGGGGAUUCAAUGAGAGGGAUAUCUGAAGGAUCAGUGGGUGCUGCUUGUGGCAGGUUAACAGGUGGGGCAUCAGGGGGAUCAAUGGGGGGCAUUACCUGCGGGUCAAUAGGAGAUGCAGCCAGGAGAUCAAUGGGAGGGACUUCUAGGGGAUCAAUGGGAAGAGCUUCUGGGGGAUCAGUGGGAGGGGCUUCUGGAGAGUCACUGGUGGUAAUGACCACUGGAGGAUUGUUGGGAAAUGCUUCUGGUGGAUCAAUAGGAGUGAUUCCUGGGGGAUUGACAGGAGGGGCUUCUGGGGGACCAGUUGGAGGGGGGUCCGGUGAUUCUAUGGUAGGAAAUCCUGGAGGAUUCUUGGGAAGGGUUUCUGAUGGAUCCACAACCAGCCAUAUAGGAGGUAUAGGAGGUGUGAGUGGGCCAGUGGGAGCAGUGAUUGGAGGACAUAUUGGCAGAGCAUCAGGCGGAGCAGUUGGGAGCCAUUUAGGGGGUUCUACAGCUUGUCCUGUAGGAGGGACUUCUGCUGGAAUUAGAGUUGGACUUCUUGGUUCCUCUCAGAGUCCUAUAUCUACUGGCUCAUCCAGCCCUUUGCCUGGUCAGCUUCUACACAGCCAGCCGCCUCCCAAGCCGCCUCAGGUAGCUCCUUUGCAGCAGUUUGCUGGGGGAGGCAGGACUACCAGUGGCUUAAACCUCUUCCAUUCCCCUCCACAUGGCUCCCCAUCCUCUAGCAGAAGACAGCACAGCCAGCAGCCUGCUGAGGGCUCCCCAUCCUCUCUCAGCCAUUUUAGCCUGGCAGGCCUCCAGUCUGGCUUUCUGCCUCACCAGAUGUCCCUGGAGAGGUCUGCCCUGGCCUCCCUGGCUCAGUAUGGUUCAGCAAACGCCUCCCCCUGCCUUACCCCAGUGGCGCCCAGCCCUACUAUUCAAAGCCCAGUGGCGGGCAGGACUUUCCACUACAGCGACCCCUCAAGUGCCACAGGAUCCCACAGUUAUCCGCUCAUGCCUCAGUCUUCGCUCCCUUCACAGCCUCCUAGCCAGCCACACACAACAGAGAGAGAUUCUCCACUGGGCCACUUUUCUGAGAACCUUAAGCUUUUAUCCAGCUCGCACCAAUCUCUGCCCCAGGAGGUGGCCCAGGCCUUAGGCCACCAUAUUGCUUGCUCUUCUGUGGAAACUGGAUAUUACCCCUCACCCUUUUCCUCGCCCACUCUUGCGCCCAAACCCUGUAGCUCAGUGCCAGAGCACAUGACUCCUCCAAUCCACAUAUCUCCGGGGCACCCUCACCAGACUCAGCCCCCUGGGGCCUCCCCGGCCUUGCCUCUACGGAGGGCAUCUGCUGCCUACUCAUCAGAUCUAGAACCUCAAACUGUCCGCUCUAAACUCCCUUCAAAUUUGUGAGGAUUGAUCACACCCUCCUGUGCUCCUCGAAACUGAAACACACACAAACUAUCUCCAUGUGUGAGAUGCUUUUUUUUCUGUCUUCAGACUUCACUGUGUUCCACCUCAUUUUUCCAAGAUCUUAAAAAUGACUGUGAUUUAAAUGACACUUUACCGGGUAACUCGGAGCUCUAGAAUACUCUAUUUGUUUUAUGCUUUGACCUCCUUUUUAAUUCAUACAUAUUGUACAUAGAUAGAGAUAUAUUUAAAUGAUAAGUUAAUCAAUGGACUAGGAGGGUGUGAAAUCUAAAGGACAGUCAUUUUCUUGAUUUAUAUAACUAUGCCAAAUUCAUCUGGUGAAGUUUUGGAAGACAAUUAAUUUGAUUACACAACAAUACUCUUUUUCUGCAGGAACCUAUGCACUAAUACCUGCAUGUAUAAAUGCUUUUUGUGUGUUUCAAAAAAUUAUCUAAAUUUUUAGCGAAAACAAAAUGCUUCAAGACGGGCUCAAUCUUGUACUAUCUCAUACAGGAUCACAUAUUGUUGAUCCUUAAAUGUAUCUAUUAGAUUGUACUUCUUUAUCCUCUGUAUAAACUUUUAAAAACGUAAUAGGAGAUGGAGAAGAGAUUUUAGGAAACCAAAAAUACUUUUCCUGUGGGGUUCAUUCACCUCCUCUUCGCCCGUCAAUUCUUAUUUUAUACCACUUUAUCGUAAUAAUGUUUUUUGAAGCAGGAGGCAAGGGGUUCAAGGAGCAACCCUCCAUCUCAAUAUUGAGGUAUAACAGAUGUGAGUGGCUGGCUUUCUGCAGAGUCCUCAACCAUGUCCUAACAAGCUAACUUUGUCUUCCAAGCUCAUGCCGCUAAUGUGUGUAGAAAGCAUGUGUUGUUUUUCUUCCUGACUGUGUGCAACUGAUAAUGUGUGAGUAAGUGCGGAUAAGUGUGUGAUUCAGUGGAACAGCCGGAUGCAAGUAAAGACUUUACCCUGGACUGGUCAAAAGGAUGUUGGCCUUUUUCAAUCAAACCCUAGGACUUCCAUUAAUCACAGCUUGUGUGUUACAUUGUGAACCAUUUGUUCAAAAAUAGUGAAAUAUACUGUGUAUUGACCCCAAAACUAGACUUACAGUCAUUGAGCAAAUGCAGUACAUACAAGCUGAAAUGUCCGAAAAUUGAAAUAUUCCACUUGAUAUUUGUUUUCUGCAUUACGUCUACUAAAACUGCUAUAUGAUCAAUAUAGAAAUGUUUCCUCAUUGAGGGCCAGUGCUGAGUUUGCGAUGUUGAAUGUAUGUCCAUUUGGUGUUGCUAAAAGUAGGUACUGUAGCAAUGGAUGCACUGUGGCCCCGGGGCUCAAGAGACUGUUACGUAACUAUAUUGGUCAAGUGUCCUUGAGCAAGACACAGAAUCGACUCAAUUGGUGUGAAGCAAUCUGAAUAUACGACUCAGUAAGUUGCCUAAAACAGCCCACACUUUACUGCAUGUUCUCCUUUAAGUAUUGCCAUACUCCUGCCCUGCUUUUGUAAUUGCUGAAAAGAGAAAUUGCUGAAAUGAAGGUGCAGGAAAGACCUUGACAACCAUUGUUGACAGAUUUUGACUUUAGUUUUGAUUACAUUGCUGUAGACAUGUCUGAGUAAUAUACAAGACAUACAUGGAGCAUAUCUAGAUUUCACAUUAAAAAUCAAAGAUGGGAAAAGUUCCGUCAUACAUUAUAUGUGUAUUCAUUCAGAAUCUUGUGGAACAGUCAGAGACCCUCAAAGUGGUCAAGAAAAUUGAAUACACAGUGGAGGAAGGUAUCACUAAAUUCCCAAAGGAGAGGAGCAGUGAUAUGCUUCUACAUGUUUGUCUGUAGCUCAUCACCAACACAGACCCAGGUUCCAAUCCGACAGCUGAGUCCCUAACUCAGUCACAGCACUCAGCCACAGCAGUCUAAUUUAACAAGACAUAUCUGUAAUCCCUUGACCCUCGCAGGCUAUCAUGGAUUCACACACAGAGGUGCACAGUGACCACGCUCUUCCCUCAUUAAAGUUCCCAUAAGUCCCUAUAAUAAGGUAUAGUGAUACACAUGACAUGACACGCAGCUGCACGUAUGCUCAUUUACUGACAUGCACACAACAAGAGUACACAUUUACUUCUCCUUGCAAAAAUAAUAAAUAUUCAACAAUACUUUUUUGUGCAGCAUUUUGUGAAAAUACUGAAUUUGCAGUAAAUUAAUCGAUGACCAAUUGAUUUUCCACUUUCUUAUUGCAGUCAGAUUACCCAGGCCAGUUUAUAUAGCCAGCACUUUUAUGAUUAAUGAUUUAAUGUAUUAUUUUUGUUGAAGACAUUAAUACAUGCAUUGUAACCCUUGGUAGUCUUGGUAUUAAUACAUCACUAUAUUCACCAUUUGCCUUGCAAGAAAUUGGGCAACACUAUUAUAAAACAAGUCUUCUAUCAUCAACCUAAAAGAAAGGUCUAUCAUGGAACACUGUGGAAAAACAGUUUUAAGCAACACUGUUGAGGUGUUGCAUUUUAGGGUGCACUGUUUGAUGAUGCAUUUUCUUAUUUUCGUUUGGAUAACUGGCCACAUGAAGACAUUAUUAUGUAAUGUCAAGAUUAUUCCAGUAAGCAAAAUGAUAACAUUGAUUAAGCAAUCGUCUUUGUUGUCAUUCUAUCAGAAUUGCCUAAUUUUGCAAGUACCCGCAUAACCAACAGCUGAAUGCAGUAUCCCCAGGAAUGAUCUGUGUUGCUCGUCAUGGGAAAUGUAGUCUAUCAAGAACUGACAUAUGAUUUAAUUAGGCAGAAUGAGGGGAAGUAGACACAGCAAGAACUCUAUGAUUAGCUUAUCAUUAUAGAAUUACUCUUGAUUUAGAUUACAUAAGUGAAAUCAAUAAUGGAUCAUAGCUUUCAUCUGGAGACGCAUGACCUUUUCAUGGUCAUCUUCACAGAUGGAGUAACCGUUACUAAUAGCUUGAGCAGUGUUUUGUUCACCUCUCCCACAUUAAACACCUCAUCUACAUCUUUAGUAAACAGCUAGCUGAUCUAUCUGAAACAUUUAGUUGGCCUUGAGCCUCAUGGUAGGAACCACCCAGAGUGGCUAAAGGGUGGGAUGGACACUGCUCUACGACAGAAAUGACAAAGUAAACACAUCGAACAGGUUCACCUCUGGAAUACUAAUUGUCUUUACAGAGUGUAGGCGUUAAAGCCUUGGUCUUCUUGUAUCUGCUAGCCUUGCACAUAAUCAAACAGACUGCUGUGCCUCGCACAUCAGGUAAAGUCCCCUCUUUUCCUCAGAAUAUGAACUUAUUAAGACGUUGAGGCGGAGAACAGUUUGAAGUCGAUCUGUGAGACAAAGGUGUAGAUGUGAGGAGACAUUGAUGCACUGAGGGAAUGAUGUAGUCACACUUUUAGCCAUGGGGAGGACAGGUAGACGGGUACCCUAUGGGGUGGCCUCAUGCUGACAGGGUAUCUGUUUCUCGUGGGGACUUGUGGCAUAUAGCUCAUGGAUAUCAAUGUACAAUUAAUUGGACGGAUAUGGAGCAUUGCUAUCUAGCUAGCAGCUAUAGUGUUUGGGUGUGAGUGUUUGUGUGUGUUUCCCACACUGCCUAGCAGGGUCGAUGGCUGGGGCUGGACGCUGUCGGAGGAGUGUGGGAAAAGGGAGGCACAGGUCGUAGUUUACUGAGAGAUAGACAUUGAACAGGGAUUGAUUAGUUGGCCUGAACGUAGUCUGGUCCAUUACCACAGAUAAGUGGUUUAGGGGAGGUUUGGCACAGUGGAUAAGCUGAAUCUGUCACUGUCAGUUAGAGAGCUGACACAAUCUGCAUGAUGUCCUGUCUGUUUCAUUUGGGCCUACAUCAUUCCAACAUCUGUCUUUUUACUUUUUAUGCAAGAAAACUGCCAACUUGGAAUUGAGAAAAGCAUUUUUUCAUUGAUGGCAUUGCAGCUUUGAAAUGAUGUAAUGUAAAUGAAAAGAGGUUUAUAAUAAUUGUCUCAACUCACAGAAGACUAUCCUUCAUUCUUAAUAAAGACAUGAAAAUAACCACACUGGGAGUAACAAGAUUUCCACCUGACAUCAAUGUUUAUUGUUAAAGGGGAUUUGAUAUUUCCAUUCUCCCAGACUUUGAAACUUUGUGUCUUCUGAGAGAAGCAAAAUAAGAAAAACAUCUGUGGCUCACCUGCUCAUGCGGGGAACUAUUUCCAUGUCUCCCAUGUCACCCAUUUAAACAAGGCAAGAAAACGGCUGCAUGAGAUUAACAGAGGAAAUAGCAAUGAAGGGUUGAAGGAUCACUAUAGCUGCCAGCGUUUUUAUUUUUAUUUCAACUGAAUCUAAUCUAGGUCAGGGCUACCUAGUCUUGAGAAUAAGGGGUACAAAAGGAAAAUGAUUAUAAAUUCAUAAUGUCUGGCAGAAGUUAUGCAUCUUCUCCUCUGCCUGAGGCCAGGCCUGGCUCUGGUCCUGCUGUUGGCCCUAGCGAGAUGUGUUGUGAAGCAGCCAGCAGGUUUGUAAGUUGCUUCAGCGUAACCCGUCAUUGCAGAGCUUUGGUGGGGCUCCACAUGGCAUCUCUCUAUAAUUUCCAAAUUCAUGGUUGUUUCUGUAAAGCAGCACUCUCAGAUUCUGUUUGGUGCACUUCCAAUUUUGCUGCCUAAUGUUAGCCUCCCUCUCUCUUUGUGCUGCCCUACUCGCCCAUGAAUAUGGGUUGGUGAAGCAGCGAUGCACACCAAUGAAAUCAUUUGCUGUGAUUGAGGAUUAGAUGCAGCAGCAGCGGAAUCGAACCUGCAAUUUCUCUGGGGAGAAAAAGCCACGGCAUUAUUUCCGAGGCCCUCGUUAUUCAUUCAUGACCACAAAUCCCUCCUACCCUUCCACAAUCGCACAAUUUAUUUCGUACACACGCACCAGAAUCAGGUGUUCCGUAUGACAAUGUACAUCAGAGUGAUUGAAUAUGAUAUGAAGAUUCCUAUAUGUGGUGAAAAGUUGUGUUUAUCGUAGCGUCUAAUACAACUGACCUCUUUUGCUGCCACUCCAGUGAAAUGGAAUAACACGACAAUAAUAUUAUUUUGACCACAAAGUGAGCUGUUGGGCAGUGUAACCUGGAUAUGACCUAGUUUAGGAAAAGCAUGCAAUAGUGGGGAGCAAACAAAUUCACACUAAGACUGUAUCGCCUUCGGAUCCUUCACGGUAACGGCAAUGUAUAGCUAACAGGCAGGAGUCUCUCUUUGUAGCUGUCAAUAUAAAGUCAGUGAUUCAUCCUACUUUUCUGCUUGUUCAUAUAUUCAAUUUUGACAUGGUUCCGUAAACUAAGAAAUAUAUUUAGAUGUUUAGAUUUGGUUCUGAAAAUACAUGGUUUCAUAUGUUUAUCUACUGUUUGUAGCUGAUCAGAAAGUCCUGUGUGGAAGCCAAAGGGGAUGCUGCUCUUGACUUGAUUAGUCUGGAGGAAAACAGAAAGGGCAUGUUCAUACUAGAUGAGAUAAGGGUUUACUUUAACACUCCUGCUUUUCAUUUGCGCAAGUAUGUACUAUAGUUCCACUUCAUCUGAUGUUGGGAACCUAAUGUCGACAAGGUACUUAUACAGAUUUCUAUAUUUCCAUAGAACCUAUUUAUAUUUCUGUAUUUAUUUUAGGCUCUCUUAAUAAGUGGUGUCAUCAUCUCCAUUAUGAUAAGCAAUGUUCACCAAAUUGUGUGUAUGUAUAAAGUUCAUAACAUAUCCAUUAUUUUUAAGGAAACAUUUAAGGAGUGGGACAUUAUCGUUUCAUCAUGCUACAGAACAAGACUUUCUACCUGAAGGCUCAACCUUUUUGGUUUGCGAGGCAGCGACUGGUUCAUCACUUCUUACAAGGACACAUGACCUUUUGGGGAGGACAGUAUUUUGACCGCUUUGCUAUUGAUCAAUGGAUAUCUAUUUUUUCUGCAAUGGUGACUAUGGGGAAAAAAAGCAAUAAGGGAACUGUACAGGUAUGGUGUGACUGGAUGUGUACCUGCAGGACAUUGCACUGACCCAUGCGACAACCACACACACACAGAAGUCGUGACUCGUGGUUUGUGUGGCGGUCAAAGGAGUGAGGCAGAACCUGUAUUGUCGAUAAGCACACAUACUGGAUGAAAUAA